UUCCUCCUCUGUUUUGCUGAUAAAAACAAAGUCUAAUGGCGAACCAGAUGCCGAAAUAUGAUCGAACAAGUGAAUUGAAAGCUUUUGAUGAAACAAAAGCAGGUGUUAAAGGACUUGUUGAUGCUGGAAUUAAACAGGUUCCUCGGAUCUUCCAUCAUCCACAAGAUGAGAUGCAGAAGAACUCAUCUGUCUCAGAUGAUGGCAUACCUGUUAGUAUUCCAGUUAUCGAUCUCAAAAAUUUGAAAGAAGAUCCUGGGACUCGUCGGAAGAUCGUUGACAAAGUUAGAAGUGCAUCCGAAUCAUGGGGUUUUUUCCAAGUUGUGAACCAUGGGAUCCCUGUGAGUGUUCUGGAGGAGAUGAAGGAUGGGGUUCUCCGGUUUUUCGAGCAAGAUUUGGAGGCGAAAAAGAAGUUCUUCACUCGGGAUUAUAGCACGAAAAGUGUGGUCUACAAUAGCAAUUUUGAUCUUUAUAGUUCACCAGCAGCAAACUGGAGAGAUACACUUUUCAGCUUUAUGGCUCCCAGUCCUCCCAUGCCAGAAGAGUUACCGGAGGUAUCCAGGUAUCUUAUCAUAUAUGUAACGAGUUUAGUCGAGUUAAUGAAUCUGGUUGCCACCGUUUCCGAAUUACUAAAGGAAUCAAAUGAUCUGAACACUGAUCACCUGAUAGACAUGGAUUGUGCCAAGGGGCUAGCUAUGCUGUCACAUUAUUAUCCGGCGUGUCCACAACCGGAACUCACUCUCGGUAUAACCAAGCACUCCGACAACGACUUCCUCACGGUGCUCUUACAAGACCAUAUCGGAGGCCUCCAAGUUCUUCAUCAAAACCAAUGGGUUGAUGUACCCCCAACUCCUAGUGCACUUGUCAUUAACAUUGGUGAUUAUCUCCAGCUGAUAUCAAAUGACACUUUUAAAAGCGUGGAGCAUAGAGUGGUGGCAAAUUCUAUAGGGCCAAGAGUAUCAGUGGCCUGCUUGUUCAGUACUGUUCUUUUGCCAGAUUUAAGGACUUAUGGACAUAUUAAGGAGUUGUUAUCAGAAGAAUAUCCACCAAAAUACAGAGAAAUCGCCAUAAGUGAAUAUGUUGAAUAUUACCUAGCAAAAGGCCUUGAUGGUACUUCUGCUCUGCUUCAUUUCAAGCUCUAAACAUGGUCAUGGAGAUUAU